UUUACUUGUUUUUGUUCGAUCUCUUUUGCAGUGGACCCAGGUCUUCAAGUCUAUGGCGGUGUUCUAUUUUCCGAAUUAGUUCAUUCUGGUGGCGAGAUUUUUAAAGGAUUGCCUUUGAAAAAGUACUCUGAUCGUAAUGCCAAGAGCAACAACAAUACGAGUAAGAAGAAUGCUAUAGCUGCUGCUGUGCCUGUAGCUGAUAGUUAUUAUGCUGGUAACAGUGGAGGUUGUUUCAGUGGGGAAUGUGUUGUGCAAUGCAAAGAACAAGAUGGAAUGGUCAGAGAGAAACAGCUCUCUCAGGUUCGUUCUGGCGAUUGUUUGCAAGUCGUUGAUGCUGCUGGUCAUGUUGGUUUUUCUCCCGUCCUCUGCUUGAAUAAUCUUAAAUUUAAAAUUUUCGGUUUUAAAUUUCUAGAAACAUUUACUGAGAUGAAUAUUAAAACAAAUUAA